AACUCUGCAUUUAAUUGGUCGGUGAGCCGGCAUUGGGAACACGCGACAACCGCUUCAUUCUUUCUUGUGCGUUUCCAACAUCAUCGCCGCCGCCGGUGAACAGGGAACAAACCGCUCCCUGUGUCUUCAGGUAGAAUUUUGUCCUUGAGGCCCACAGCAGCCAUGCCCUCCGACCUGGCCAAGAAAAAGGCGCAGAAGAAAAAAGAAGCAGCCAAAUCCCGUCAGAAGACCAAAAAACCAGGGGAGGACGGAGAGGGAGAGAAACCAGAGCAAGGCCAGGAGAAUGGAGCUGACAGCAACGGCGUGGACCGCCUCACCAAGGAGAUGGAUGAGUUUGAGCUGAAGAAGACUGAGGCACGGGCGGUGACCGGCGUGCUGGCUUCGCACCCCAACAGCACCGAUGUGCACGUUGCCAGCCUUUCGCUCACCUUCCACGGGCAGGAGCUGCUGCAGGACACCAGCCUGGAGCUGAACUCGGGUCGACGCUACGGCCUCAUCGGCCUCAAUGGCACCGGCAAAUCCAUGCUGCUGUCAGCCAUUGGCCACCGUGAGAUCCCCAUCCCUGAGCACAUCGACAUCUACCACCUGACCCGGGAGAUGGCGCCUAGCGACAAGACGGCCCUGCAGUGUGUCAUGGAGGUGGAUGAGGAAAGGAUCCACCUGGAGAAGGAGGCAGAGCGCCUGGCGUCCGAGGACUCCGAGUGUGAGAAGCUGAUGGAGCUUUACGAGCGCCUGGAGGAGCUGGACGCGGACAAGGCAGAGGUGCGGGCCUCCCAGAUCCUCCACGGCCUGGGCUUCACCGCCGCCAUGCAGCAGAAGAAGCUGAAGGACUUCAGCGGAGGGUGGAGGAUGCGUGUUGCACUGGCACGAGCCCUGUUCCUGAAGCCCUUCAUGUUGCUGCUGGACGAGCCCACCAACCACUUGGACCUGGACGCCUGUGUGUGGCUGGAGGAGGAGCUUAGCCAGUUCAAACGUAUCCUGGUCCUGAUCUCCCACUCGCAAGACUUCCUCAAUGGCGUGUGCACCAACAUCAUGCACUUGCAUGAGCGCAAGCUGAAAUACUACACGGGUAACUACGACCAGUACAUUAAGACCCGUGAGGAGCUGGAAGAGAACCAGAUGAAGAGGUUCAACUGGGAACAAGACCAGAUCAAACACAUGAAGAACUACAUAGCACGAUUUGGACACGGUUCAGCCAAGCUGGCCCGCCAAGCCCAGAGUAAAGAGAAGACGCUACAGAAAAUGGUGGCAUCGGGCCUGACUGAGAGUGUUUCAAAUGACAAAACCCUGUCAUUUUGUUUUCCUCCCUGUGGGAAGAUCCCCCCUCCUGUCAUCAUGGUUCAGAAUGUUAGCUUCAAGUACUCUGAUGACCAGCCCUAUAUCUACAAGAACCUUGAGUUCGGUAUUGACCUCGACACGAGGGUGGCCCUUGUGGGGCCAAACGGAGCUGGGAAGUCCACCCUGCUCAAACUCCUCACGGGAGAUCUCCUCCCUACUGACGGUAUGAUCCGCAAGAACUCUCAUGUCAAGAUCGGCAGAUAUCACCAGCAUCUUACAGAGGCGCUGGAUCUUGACCUCUCACCCCUGGAUUACAUGAUGAAGUGUUACCCAGAGGUUAAGGAGAGGGAGGAGAUGAGGAAGAUCAUUGGCCGCUAUGGGUUGACGGGGAAACAGCAGGUGAACCCCAUCAGAAACCUGUCUGAUGGGCAGAAGUGCCGAGUGUGCUUUGCCUGGCUGGCCGGGCAGAACGCCCACAUGCUCUUCCUGGACGAGCCCACCAACCACUUGGACAUUGAGACCAUUGACGCCCUGGCCGACGCCAUCAACGAAUACGAGGGCGGCAUGAUGCUGGUCAGCCACGACUUCCGGCUCAUCCAGCAGGUGGCCCAGGAGAUUUGGGUGUGUGAAAAGCAGACCAUUACCAAAUGGAAAAAGGACAUCUUGGCUUACAAAGACCACCUGAAAAAGAAGAUUGACAAACAGUCGCAUGGUGUAUAGGAAAAUAAAAUGAAACGACUUCCCCAGAUUUAAGACUGCAGUGUUCCAGUAUUGUGGACGUUUAUUUUUCUCCAUUCCGUAUUAAUUUGGCUAUGUAUCGCAAGAAGCAUGUGUGCGCCAUUUCAAGAUGCCCAAUUCCUUCCUGCUUAUAAAACCUCUAUGAGCUGCUGGAAGGUCAUGGUGUGUCCUAGUUGCUUUCCCUUGCUACCUCUUCAACAGGCAUACACACCUGGGCUCUUGAUUUCUCAAAUUAACCGUGUCCAUCAAUGUGGUAGAUAUGUGCACUUAGUUCAUUCACGGUUCUGCAUUUUUCCACAGGUCAGAGAGAGUAGGACGUUAAGUACUGGGAAUCGUUUCCUUUUACAAAGAGCGUUGUAUUAUUUUGUCAUUAUUUAACACUGUACCUGCAAUAAUGGGAUUGUUUGAAUAAAGGAGUAAAAUACUAUC